CUUCCACGCUGAGGGGGAGUAACCAACUAAGACUAGAUGAAUUUUGCUUUUUGUACGGUGAAUUUGGCUUUUUUGUAUAAAGAAAGAUUAAGCUACAGCCCGGGUUCGAGCCCGGCGAAAGAUUUCUUUUUGCUCUUUUUCUUUUUACUACUCUACCUUACUUCUAUUGCAGUAACUUACUAUUAUCCUGCCACGUGCGUACGGCUAGGCAGCACCUAGCUAGUACCUUACCUAGCUACGUCCUCCUCUCUAUAUCUAGGUGUCUCUUUUCUACCUUCUACCUCCUACACCAACCUCCUACACCAACAAACCUACAACAACUA